GGAAAGCUGGUCCGAUUGCGCUUGACUGGGACAAGCUACAUAACGACGACGAGCCUCCGCCGCCGAUCGAGGUAAUUGAGGAGAAGGCGGAGAAAUCGAAGCCGCUGGUGGAGGUGACGAUGGAAGGCGGAGGGGAGGAAUCAAAGGAGUAUCUUAAGAGAAUGUCCGAUAAAGACCUGACCGAAAAGAUUACUAGGUUAAACAAUUUGGGCAGAUUAUCGUCUAUGUUGCCCGAUGGUGGCGAAAGACUCCAAGUUUCCUUAAAAAGGCACGAAGCGGAGUUGGAGAGGAGAAAGCUUCUGAAGGAUGAUGACAAAUGCAAGAAGGGGACUCCAUUAGCUGAUGAGUCUACUUGUACUGGUGCAACUGAUGACUUAUCACCUUGUGGAGUUCCACCAUCUUCGUCUGCACAAUCUACCUUUGCUUUACAUUUUUGCAGCAAGUUGGACGAUAAAGGGCCAACCAAGUCCUUCACGGAAGAAUUAUCUACUUUGAAUUGUUCUGGUUGCAAAACCAGGAGAGAAAAUGGGUCAUUUCUAAUGCAGAAAACACAGAUGGGUUUAUCUUCAAGGCAAGCACCUUUUAAAUCUCCGAGCCACCUUUCAGUAAAAAAUGAUGAAUGCCUUCAAUCAAGUGGUGGGCAAUUGGGGAGCCACUCUUCUACUGCCUCACCUCAUCAAUCUGAUAAAGAUGUGUCUGGCAGCUUUUCAAAAAAGGAAAAUGCUCCUCGGUUUCAAUCUACACUUAACUCCAGAAGGAACAAGCAGAAAACUGUUGUUCUAUUAGAUGAGGAGGAACUUGAGGUUGAUGUAAUAAAUCAAGCAGACCAAGUGGGCCAAAGUGAAGAGAUCCGAAUAUAUUAUCCAUCAAGGGAUGAUCCUGAAGCUGUUGAAAUUUGUUACUCAGACAUGGAAUGUCUGGCUCCUGAGUCUUAUUUGUCAUCAAUCAUCAUGAACUUUUACAUUCGGUAUCUGCAGAAGCCAACAUCGCCAAGGGCCAGAAGCAGAUGUGAUUAUCAUUUUUUCAAUACAUACUUUUAUGAAAAGUUGAAACGGGAUGUCCUGAACAAGACUGAUAAGGAAACUUCAUUUGUGAAGUUCAGAAGGUGGUGGAAAGGUGUCAAUAUAUUUGAGAAAGCAUAUAUCUUUCUACCAAUUAAUGAAAAUCUUCACUGGAGCUUGGUUAUUAUUUGUAUACCAAAUAAAGAAGAUGAAUCAGGACCAAUUAUUCUUCACUUGGAUUCUUUGGGACUGCACACCAGCAAGUUAAUAUUCAACGAUGUGAAGAGCUUUCUAAUAGAGGAGUGGAAGUUUCUAAGAAAAGAAGACGUGGUGCAUGAACUUCACAUCCCAGACAAUAUCUGGGACAAGCUAUCUCGAAGAAUUGAUGAGAAAGUGAUUGAGGUGCCUCAACAAAGAAAUGAGUAUGACUGUGGUCUUUUCGUUCUUUUCUUUAUGCAACGUUUCAUUGAAGAGGCUCCUGAAAGGCUCAAGAAGAAGGAUUUGGAUAUGUUUGGCAAGCAAUGGUUCAAACCAGAAGAGGCUUCCAGUUUGAGAAGAAAAAUUAACGACAUACUAAGAGAACAGUUCAAGAAUGCAAGUGAAGGCAAAUUGAACCCCUAACCUCUGCUGUAAAUGGGAUUCCUCAUUAUAAGUAACCAGUAAAUUGGUGCGGGCACCACUAUGGACAUCUAGAGUACUAAUUUUUGUUGAGCUUCUCAGUGAAAUAUUAUGUUGUCGAGCUUGAGAUACUUUGAUUUGCAGCCUAGGUGGUGCAUCUGAGUUGAAGAUUUUGAGACGACUUUUCUGUACAGAAUGGAGAUUUUUACAGAUCCCAGAACCGAAACUUGGGAACUAAGAUAUGUGAAGUACAUUGUAGAAUUAUCUCGUUAGUAUCAACUGCUACGGGAGCAAAGUGGAUUUUGGUGUAUAUUCAAGAAGGUCCAGUAGUACACUGUAAAGACCAGAGAGUUCAUCAAUCGCGGUGAUCUGCUCCAUUGAAAUAUUCAAUGUGGGGCUUCAGUAGUUGAAUAGGAGGUGACAGGUGGUAAGGUUCUUGCCUUGUUGACCUCCAAUGUUAAUUGCUGGUAGGAAUCUUCUAACAUGCUAUUCCUGUAAAUGAAUGUAAUCAAACACAAAGCAACAGUGGUUAACAGAAACUGUUGCAUUUCUGCAUUAUGAUGCCAUUUAUUUCCUCAAA